CAGAUUAUGUUUUUAUUGUCUUUUUAGAUUAAAUCUGACUAACCAUUUCCUUACUGAACGACCACCAGAGUAAUCAAGGUUCUCUAUAUUAUGACGUCAUCAAUGAUCACAUUGCUGUCACGCCGAUUUCAGUGACGUCACUGUAGACGCUGUGUUCAUUGCAUGAACAACAUUUAAUCAGGUAAGGCUUUUCUUUGAUGGGAUGUAACGCGUCAAAAUUUCCAUGUUGCGACCAUGAACUACAAUGACUACCAUGAUGAUGAUGCUAAGUAUAUUGACGAAGAAAGUUUGCUUCCUCGAUCUAAACCCAGAACCUUGAAACGGAGAUAUAACAGUGACAGACGUUACAAUUGCUGUCGGAGGGUGGCCGAAACUAUUAAAUUUUAUAUCGUUGAUUUUUUUAAAGCUUCACCUGAACAUUACACUGCAGCUAAAGCUUUACUGGGAUUUCCGUUUGGUGCUGGACUAGGUAUCAUUUUAUACCAUCUUGUUCUGGACUUCACUUGGCUAAACGAAAGUACCCGCCAUUUUCUUGGUGGCGUUUUCGUUUUGGGAUUGGCAAGCGGAUAUGCACUUUCGGUUCAGGUGAGAUGCAUCACAUGUCUUUUGCUUCCUACAUUCUUUGGGAAAACAGGAAGGUCAUACAUUGCAACAUUUGCUGUUGUAUAUUUGAUUUCGGGACCUAUCCACACGAUUAUCGUAAAUGGACACGAAGUAGCAAGAUCACUCGGUUGUACAACUGAAUUGCUUGCCAACCACACGAGAGCACGCAUGGAUUUGACUAUGAAGCCAAUCGCAAAAGUGAUGAAAGAAUUUCAGGUAGAAGGAAUGCUCGUCAACAAAGUCGUAAAGAGAAUCGAUGAAGAAUUCGGUCCCAUGAAGAAAGAGGUGAUAGAUAAUUCGGAAAAAGAAAAAAUGAAGAAAAACACAGAAUAUGUUGACCAAGUCUCUGGAAAAACGCGAGGAGACAGGGUGAAGGAUGUUGAAAACAAGAAUAAAGUUGACAAUGAAAAGGAAUACAACAAGGUUGAGAAUGAUUACAGAAGUAAACUAGACUACCGCUGUGAAGAUGUAUGGAACGAAGGCGUUAUAAAGUGUCAAAAUGGCUUUCGUAGUAUGGAAGGACGAUGUCGCAACAAAAUCCCAAUCGUGGGUGCUCUGCUGUGUCUGCCAUUCAAACUCACCAUAUUCUGUGAGCUGGUGAGACUAGUUCCUGGAGCUCUGGGGAGUUCCUGUAACUCUAAGGAGGCUGUAAGUCCCGGUUUUGGGGAGGUUUUCGUGGCUGCAAAGGACAUGGCCGAUAACUUGGACAACGAUUUCAAAGCUAAUCUUCAGUACAAAGUGGUCAGCACACAGGAAAAGAUAGAUUUAACCACAGCGGAGGAGGUUAGCAAAUCGACACUCAAAAAAUUUGAGUAUAAGCAGGUUUGGUUGGAAUUCGGAUUGUCAUUGAUGAAGCGUCUCAUGGCGUUUACCUUUAUACUGGUAUUUAUCAGUGCUUAUAAGUACAACAAGGCAUAUCUGACGGACAUCCGACACGACAACGUCUACAUCACGUCUUACUUUCGUCACAUCGACGAUCGACGACGAAAGCUUUGUAAGACUACCCUAUUUCCAAUGAAGAAAGUGGAAAGUGAUGCCUGUAAAGUUUUGACAAGUCCAAAACUGAUGAAAGCAGAAAAAAAGAAGAUUUUGAAGGGAACAAUUAUGCUGGUGAUACGGGCAUUAAUUUCGACAGUGAUUAUCAUGUCUAGUGAUCUUCUCUACAGUGUUCUCGAUAUCAUUAGGCGUCACAGUCGCAUUGACUACCACCAGCAGGGGGAACACAUAAUCGAUAUCGAUAUAUUCGGUACUGGCUUUAUGUCCGAAAUCGUCAGACUUUUCCUGAAAGGUUUUAACCACAACGGUAAAAUUGACAACAUCUCAACGAAUUUCGAGUGUUUACCCCGACCGGUUCAGAUGGAAAAGAAAUAUUUAUGGCUGAUAUAUGGCACAUUCGGCACCAUCUGGGUUCUAAUGCUUUUCGAAGCAUAUGGUCUCCGUCUCCGACGACUCGUCGCCUCGUUUUUUUAUCGAAAAAGGGAGAAAAAACGGAUUCUUUACCUAUAUAACGACAUGCUGAAGAAGCGACGGGGGUUCUUGCGCCAUAUGCGCCAUCAUAUUCGGAAGCAAGUUAAGAAGAAAAACCUUUUAGUUAAAAUAAGCCUGACCAGCAGUUUACGAAAGGAGUUUCCGCGGUUAUGUGGCUGGUUGAAAAUUUUCGGUUCAGGGAAACUUUCAUGCUUGAUCUGUGAAGACCCAGAGAAAAAAGGUUUCGUGCGCUGUCUGACGCCAGGAUGUAACGUCGGAUACUGUGCGAUGUGUUGGUCCGAUAUCAAACAACGUUGUUACUCCUGUAACCCAGAAAAGGCUAGCAAUCUUAGUGAUCUAUCUGAUGAUGGACUCUCUGACUCGGACUAAUCCAAACAGAGCAAGUGGACUUAGUGAUCUGUCUGAUGAUGGACUGUCCGAUUCUUGGUAAUCCAGACAUGGAUAGCGACCUUAGUGACGUGUUUGCGGCUCAGGACCGAUCUUGACAGGGCUAGCUAUCGGAGUGAUCUGUCUGAUGAUGGACUCUCUGACUCGGACUAAUCCUAACAGAGCAAGCUGUCUUAGUGAUCUAUCUGAUGAUGGACUCUCUGACUCGGACUAAUCCAAACAGAGCAAGUGGACUUAGUGAUCUGUCUGAUGAUGGACUGUCCGAUUCUUGGUAAUCCAGACAUGGAUAGCGACCUUUGUGACGUGUUUGCGGCUCAGGACUGAUCUAGACAGGGCUAGCUAUCGGAGUGAUCUGUCUGAUGACUCUCCAACUCGGACUAAUUAAUCCAGGUAUUAUUUAGAUAAAAGCUGGUGUUGUUUAGACAGAAAUGCCCGCCUGUAAAAAAAAACUAGAUAUUUUUGUUGUGGACCUACAUUGUACUUGUUUCAUUACAAUGGUGUUUUGUGAACACAUUUAUGACCUGAUGACAAUGAGUGUUAUAGUGAUCAUUCAUUUUCCUUUACGAAAAUUGUUUUAUAAGCUGCGCAAUGUGUAAUACCCAAGUGUAGCGGUGUAGGUUAGCCUCAACAACCAGAAGUCGGUCUGUAAAGGUAAUUUCUUACCAUCGACGGCUAAUUCCAACUGAAAUACUAGUGUUCACAUAUUCAUUGCUGAUUACAAGCGCGUCUCAAAUGAUACGCAGCCAUUGCAAACGAGGCACAGGCCCCGACACUGCCACGUAAACGUGGAGAAACAAUGUCUACCAGUUAAAAACAAUAAACCAAUUAGACAUGUUCAGUUUUGUAUGAAGUAACACUGAUUAGACAAUAUAAACUCCCAAGACAUCACGCAGAUACGGUUACCUUAGCCAAAGUCGGCGUUGGUUGGGCUCCGUUUGCAAUGGUAUGUGUUGGCAAUGUACGUGCAGGUCUAAAGGUUAGUGGGUUUGUCUCCCCUCGAUUUAAUUUGUACUUGGCGAAAAUCAUAAUAGGUUAAUUUUCUUUAUGUCGAUGGAUUCAUAUGUAUACCUUCGCUACGAUCAAACAAACUGUUGGACGGCAAUGGUUGUUCUGGGUGUCCAAAGUCAUUAAACAGCUCAUUUAGACCGUUUAACCACUCAUGUAGGCACUCUGUAUACAGCAAGAUGAUUUUAAAUCU